AUGGGUUGUGGAUCAAGUUUUUCGAUAUUACCUGCAACUAAUAAUGAUAAUAAUAAAUCAUCAAAUACAAGAAUAACAAAUGAUACUUCAACUAGUAAAACAAGUAAAUUAUCUUCAAUAAGUCCUGAACAAAAAUCAUUUCGAGAAAAAGAUCUUGAACCAUUUACACUUAUUUGUUUUGAUGAACAUUUCAAUGAGAAUGAUAAACAACUUCGAUCAAUAAUUGAUUAUGUUUGUUGUUUUAAUGAUUUUAAUAAAUGUGAAGAAUUUAUUAUCGAUAUUAAUAAAAACAAUUUCAUUUUUUUUAUUGUUUCAAGUGAACAUUUUACUAAUAUUAUAUCACAUAUUCAUGAAUUAUCACAAGUUAUUGCUAUUUAUAUAUUUCAAGACAAUAAAAAAAAUAAUUAUAGAAAAGAAAAUGUUGAUAAACACUGGACAAAACGAUAUUCAAAGAUGAAAGGCAUUUAUUUUGAUCGUGAAAUUUUAUUGGAACAAUUGGCACUGGACGUGAAAAUUUCUACAAAUCUAAAUGAUUUAAUUCCAAUAACUGUUUAUAGUCGUAUUGAUGCUGUUCAAACAAAUAAUAAUUCAACUGAUCAUCUUCGUUUUUUAUUAUAUCAAUUAUUUAUUAAACAAUAUUGUUUAAAUUCAUCAUCAAUAUUAAAUAAAAAUGAUUUUAUUGAUAUUAUUCAAAAUUAUUAUUAUUCAAAUCGAAAAGAAUUAAAACUAAUAAAUGAAUUUGAUGAUGAAUAUAAUCCAAAUAAAAAUGUUUUUACAUGGUUUAUAGAUGAUUAUUUUAUUCGACGAAUGUUAACUCAAUCUUUAUUAAAAUUAGAUAUUCGAAUGUUAUUUUCAUUAAGAUUUUUCAUAAAAGAUAUGUUUAAAAUGAUGAUUGAAAAUGUUUCAAUAUCAAAUCAAAAACAAAAUUUUUAUUCAAAUAACUCAGGAAGAUAUAUUAAUGGAAGAUUAACAAAUGAACAAAUUUUUUAUCGUGGACAAACUUUAUCAAAAGAAAUUCUUUUUAAAAUAAAAUCAAAUCUUGGUGAAAUAUUAUCAAUGAAUAAUUUUAUAUUAGCAAGUAAAAAUCGUCAAGAUUCAUUAGGAUUUCUCCGUAAAAGUGUUCCACCAAGUGAUUCAGUUUACCGAGUUUUAUUUGAAAUGAAAAUUCCUUCAGAAUAUUCUUUACAAAAACAACGUCCUUUUAUUGAUAUUAAUUAUUUAAAUAAUUAUAAGAAAUCAUCAAAUGAAGAUAAUGAUUUAUAUUCAAUAUUAUUUUUUAUUGGUUCUAUUUUUAGAAUUAAUACUGUUGUAUUUGAUAUAAAUAAUGAUUGUUGGAUUAUUCAGUUAACAUUAUAUGAUGAAGGAAUAAAUCAAGAUUUUUCUCAAGUAUUUACAUUCCUUAAUGAUACAAAACGGUCAAAUACUGAAAAUGCAAUAGCAUUAGCAAAUCUUCUUCGUCAAAUAUCUCCAAAUUCAGCUGAACAAUUUUAUAAACAUUUAUUAAAAAAGAAUUCUGAAUCUUUAUCAAAAUUAGAAUGUUAUCGUGGUCUUGGUCUUUGUUCAUAUUCUAAAGAUGAUAGUGAACAAGCAUUAGAAUAUUUUGAAAAAGCAUUAAAUUUAAAACCAAAUGAUAAAUUAAUAAAAUCCUCAUUACAUAAUAGUAUUGGUCUUGUUUAUGCACAACAAGAUCAAAUUGAUGAAGCAUUAAUUCAUUUUAAUAGAGCAUUAGAAAAUACAUCAUUACCAUUACAUAUUGCUUGUGUUCAUCAUAAUUUAGCAUUAAUUUAUAGUCAACAAGGAAAAUAUGAAGAAGAACUUGAACAUUAUCAAGAAGCUCUUAAAUAUCGUACACGUCAAUUACCAGCUCAUCAUUUACAAUUAGCAUCAUUACAUAAUAAUAUUGGUAUUGCAUAUUCAGAUAUGCAUGAAUAUGAUAGAGCUUUAACUAAUUUACGACAAGCACUUGAUAUGCGUUUAAAAUUAUUAUCAGAUACUCAUAUUGAUGUUGCUAGAAGUUAUGCAAAUAUUGGAACUGUUUAUGCUAAAACACAAGAAUAUCGAAUGGCUUUAGAAUAUUUUAAUAAAGCAUAUCUUUUAUUUGAAAAACAGGAACAAAUACCUCAACAAGAUAUUGAACAACUUAAUAGAAAUAUUAAAAUUGUUAAUGAUAAACUUAGGUAA